UUUCUGGAUCUGUUGCGCGUACGCGGAUUCCUCGGUUCUGGGAUUGUCUCCAAUGACUACCGCAUACGUUGCCGUCUGAUUCCCAAACCACAACCGUCCGAUAGAGCAUCACAGGUGGGAUCUACCUACCGUUCGGUGGCAUUUCGUUAGCUCAUCGAUCUUAAAUUGGACAGCUCCGUUGCGCGUACGCGGAUUCCUCGGUUGUAGGAUUGCCUCCAAUGGCUACCGCAUACCUCAGUCCGAUACCGACAUCAGAGCCGUCCAAUAGAGCAUCACAGGUGGGAUCGACGGUUCGGAUGCUUAAUUCUAACGUAUUUACUAGAAUACCCUCGUCUCCGUGUAGCAUAAAAUGAUGGUCGACGGGGAGUUGGGCAGGUGACCGGACCCCCAAAUCAUCACCUCCAGGCAUCUCUCCCGAGGGAUCCCGCAGGAGUGCUAUUUGAGGAUUGAAGCAAUGGCCUUCGAUCAAACCACAAGUAUUGCACUCUCUGUGCUUUUUCUUGGGUCCGUGUCCUUCGCAUUUGGUAUAGUUGCAGAAAACAAAAAGCCUGCUUUCGGCACUCCAAUCCAAGGAAAGGAUGUUAUUAUCUGCAAUUUCCCAGAUGAUCCAACAGUGCUACUGGGAACUUCGUCUGUUGUCGCACUCAUUCUAGCUGCCGUAGCAGGCCAUGUUGCCAUUUACUUUCCCUACAAAGGCAAGUCUGUUCCAAGUAAUGCUUUGUUCCAGAACACCAUCUUGCUUCCAUUCUUCAUCGUUGCAGAAGGUGUUACAUUUAUAGCUCUGGCCAUGCUGGUGUGGACUACCGUCUCCGAAGGCCUUCACAGAUCUCGCAAUGUCCACCAUGAUCUCACUACACGGUGCCCUACUGCUAAGACUGGUCUCUUUGGUGGCGGUGCUUUCCUGGCCCUCGACGCUGCUAUCUUCUGGCUCAUCUGUCAGAUGUUGACGAUGAACGCAAGAUCCGAUUACUUUAAUGAGGAUGAUCCUAUAGGUGAGUAUGGAGAGUUUAACAGCGUCACUGACAUGGAGAGCAUCCAACAGCUUAGAUGUGAAUGCGAAGUUGCACUGUAACAUGUAGUAGUUGAUGACAGACUUGUUUUCCUCUGUGAAUA